AUGGACGCCUCAGCUCGAAAUGUCACCAAAUCGUUCUACGAACAGCUUCGAUCCCCAGAUGAUGACCUUCCGGACUUCGAAGACGCGGGACUGCGAGCCCUCGACGAUGAAAACCUGACACAUGAUUUCAGAAAUAUGCAGGUGGAUAAUGUAAAUACAGGAGAAAGUCGUUUCACUGUGAGAAGCGCGAUGGACGGACGCGGCCCGAAGAAUGGCUCACCUUCUUCCAAGCGCCAGUUCAAGAGGAAACAAGCUCUUACUGCCUGGGCAGCCGACGAUGAUGACCUGGAUGAAGAUGUUCCAGCUUCUCUUUUAGUUGAGAACAACUCUGAACCAGUCCAGCGGCUGGAUGCCAUGGCGGGAACGACUGCCCAGGGUCAGACAGCGCCGACAUCUUGGAGAACACCAUCGCCCGAGAUGGGCAGAGCCCAAUGGGAAACAGUCAAGCGACAGCAGCGAUUGUACCGGGACGAUGCUAAUACAAGCUUUCAGCCUCGUUCCAUGAUGGCAGGUACUUGGCUUGGGAGUAGGCGAGAACGCGCUCUGUGGAGAUGGGUAAAUACGUCUAGCUUAGACAGCUUCAUGAGAGAUGUGUACGACUACUACGAAGGGGGAGGCAUGUGGUGUAUUCUUUGCUCAAACGCACUCUGGCUCCUGGAAACACUGUUUGUCGCGAUUCUUCUCACAUUUCUCACCCAGUGCGUCGACUAUGGCAAGGUGUCAACGAGCAAGUCUUUGGAACAAGUUAUCAUUCCACAAUGCACUCGAAAAAUGUCGGGUUUCUGGAAUCUCGGAAUAUGGCUAUACUCGUUCUUCUUCAUUUGGAAAUGCGUCCAGUAUUUCUUAGAAAUACGCCGCCUGGUACAGAUACGAGAGUUCUAUAUCUGCCUUUUGGAAAUUCCAGAACAAGACAUGCAGACUGUGUCCUGGCAAGAUAUCGUGGCUAGGAUCAUGGCUCUGAGAGAAGAAAAUCCCAAGACGGCAACAAAUAUACCGGCAAGGCUGCGACGCUUCAUGGGUAGCCAAUCGAAGGAGAGACUGGAUGCUCAUGAUAUUGCAAACAGACUCAUGCGGAAAGAGAAUUAUCUCAUUGCCAUGAUCAACAAAGACGUGUUAAACCUCUCUCUACCGAUUCCGUUUCUACAAGGAAGGCAGCUGUUUUCCAAGACGAUGGAGUGGUACCUUCAUUAUGGCAUCCUCGACAUGGCCUUCAAUGAACUCGGGCAAGUGCAGCAAGAUUUCCUUCGGGCCGACCGUCGAAGAAUUUUGAGCGAGAAAUUGAAACAGAGGCUCUUUUUUGCCGGAAUUCUGAAUCUUGUCUUCGCGCCAGUUGUCCUUGCAUAUGUCAUAAUUGUCUACUUCUUCACCUACUACAACGAGUACCAGAAGGACCCCAAACUCGCGGCGGCGAGGAAGUACACCGCUCUUGCAGAAUGGAAAUUUCGCGAGUUCAAUGAGCUGCCGCACAUUUUCUAUGAGAGGCUACAUAUGUCUUUCCCAUUCGCAACGCGAUACGUGGAUCAAUUCCCGAAGAGGAUGACUGAAGAUAUAGCGAGAAGUGUAGCAUUCAUGUCAGGCGCAAUCACUGCUGUGCUAGCAGUGUGCACAAUACUUGACUCGGAAUUGUUUCUCGGCUUUGAAAUCACGAAGGACAGGACUGUGCUGUUCUACCUGGGCAUUUUUGGAGCCAUCUGGGCUAUGACCCGAGGCAUGGUGUCUGAAGAGACUGCAGUCUUCAACCCCGAAUAUGCCCUGCGCAACGUCAUCGAAUAUACGCACUAUAUGCCUGAUCACUGGGAAGGAAGACUGCAUAGCUUCGAAGUGAAGAAGGAAUUUGCUGAGCUUUAUAAAAUGAAGGUCGUGAUCUUUCUGGAGGAAGUGAUGGGGAUCAUAACGACACCAAUGCUCCUCUUGUUCGCCCUUCCGAAAUGCAGCGACCAGAUAGUUGAUUUUUUCCGAGAAUUUACGAUUCAUGUCGACGGACUCGGGUACGUCUGCUCGUUUGCCGUAUUUGAUUUCAAAAAGGGAGUAGGCAACGACGGGAAGCGAGGCCCGGCACCGGACGUCCGGGAAGAUUAUUACACUACGAAGCAUGGGAAAAUGGCAGCCUCAUACUAUGGGUUUCUGGACAACUACGUUAUCAAUCCACGAACAGGAAUUCCUGGUCAUCUCCCUCCCGGGGCGAGGCACCAGUUCCACCCACCGCCCGCGUUUCCAAGUCUCAACUCGCCGACUUUGGCGGCGGAUCUGCAUACGUCUCAAGCUGGGCGACCCGAUGGACGACGCGAUUUUCCGCACUCGCCUGGUGAUAGAGCAAGCUCCAAAGACCCACGCCAUCAUCUCCCUAGUGGUGGGCGUGGCGCCAAAGGGUUGUCGAAGUCGCGCGCACCUCGAAAUCUCAGACUGGGAGAGAGCAGAAUCGCCGAAGAGCCUGGACAGGCUUUAUCGAAAAAGGUGCAUGUCAAGACGGAUGAUGAAUUCGAAGAUGAUGUCGAUGAUGGUGAUGGAAUUCUAGGUGAAUCUGUUUGGGAGACAUCGCCGGCUAAAGGCUUGAGCCGUGAGAACAGUGCGGCGAAUACUGUCGAGCCAGAUGCUGGUGUGCUGGGGAUGAUAUAUCAACUGCGACAGACGCAGCACGGUCGUCGCGGAAGCAGCAUGGUUUAG